CUGCGAUCAAUCUGCCUCAACCAUCCACCCCCUUUUCUCGUAUUGGCGGUGAAUCGCGACCAGUGAAUUGUAUGCGAUUCCUUCGUUUACCUUGGAACCAUGGAAGGUGUACCAAUGGGGAUCGGCCCGGCCCCUGUGCCGAAACAUUUUGUUCUGUGCUUCGAUGGAACUGGCAAUAAGUUCUGUGGGGAUGAAUCGGACAGCAAUGUCCUCAAGAUCUUUCGGAUGCUCGAUCGCAGCAAGAGUCAUCAGUUUCACUAUUACCAACCGGGAAUUGGAACCUACGUGACAACCCAUUCUCUCACCAGCCAUGGUCGUUACCAAAGAAUCAGAUCAGCCUACUUGAAGGCCAAGGAUUCUGCAAUUGGCUCCUCCUUUGAUCAGCAUGUCAUGGGCGGGUACAAGUUUCUGAUGCGUUACUAUUCUCCCGGCGACGAUAUCUACUUCAUCGGAUUCAGCAGAGGAGCAUAUAUCGCGCGCUUCCUGGCCGAGAUGCUUGAUUAUAUAGGCUUGCUUGAGGCUGGUAACGAAGAACUGAUCCGCUUUGCAUGGAAGACCUUUGCCAAAUGGCAGCAGCGACGGGAUGACACAGACGAAGAGCGCGAGGAAAAGAAGAAACUCUUCCGAUACAUGAAAGCGUUCCGCGAAACGUUCAGCCGACCGAUUAGUAGGAUCAGGUUCAUGGGUCUAUUCGACACCGUCAACAGUGUACCACGUUUCGAGUCAGCGUGGAUGCAAAGAAGCAAAUUCCCUUAUACCGCUCGUAGCUCAGCCAGGGUGAUUCGACAUGCGGUCGGUAUCGACGAACGGCGAGCCAAGUUUCGUCAGGACUUGAUAUCGGAAGUGAGACCCUGGGCUGCGAAGAAAAAGAGAGAUGCUCACCUAUGGGGGCGCAAGAAGCUUCAUCACCUUCGUCAUCCGGCCGAAAGGCAUGACCACAACAAUGACCCCAAUAAUGUUCCCGCCAUUACAGUAAAUGACGCCAACGGCAACAAGGAGGUUGACGAGGAAACGCAGCAUCACUCAAGACGCGAUCACGAGGAAACGGAGUCGGUCUAUCGCAGCACUAACUGCUCUCGUGAAGACCUCCAUGAUGCGCAUCGAUACCGUGCUCACAUCUCGCCCAGCCCUAAUCGAAAGCUCAGCCUUGCCGUGCCCGACAUGGCGGCUUCCACAGAGGACCUCCAUUCAAUUCGGAGCGGCAAUUCGGGACUAUCACUACAAGGACCUGAAGCAGUGGUGCGGGCCGCUAUGGAUGACGAUGAGGAUGGUGGGCAAGACAUCCAGGAGGUCUGGUUCCCGGGCGGUCAUGCGGAUAUUGGAGGGGGCUGGAAGCUAGGCGAAGAUGAAGUUUGGCCACUGAGCCAUGCUCCAUUAGUGUGGAUGGUCCAGGAAGCACAACGUGCGGGGCUGCAGUUCGACCCCCGGAAACUGAAACAAUUCGAGUGCUGUGAGGAAUUCGACGGAGAAUAUACUCCGAUCCAUGAAAAAACAAUUAACUGGAAUCGCAAUAGCGACUUCUGUCGGGACCCUGUGCAUAACAACGCAGAAGACGGUCAGCCUUCCAGGUUCCGUCCAUAUGCGAAUGAAGGGAACUCGGAAUCGAGCCGCAACUUCAGGGAGGCUCUGCUUUGUUCAAGCACCGAAGGCUUGCUGCACGAUUGUCUGGAGUUCAACAUGGGGCUGCCAGCCAUGUCAGUCCUCACAUGGAAGUUGAUGGAGUAUCUUCCUUUCCGUCGGAUGGACCUUCAGAAGGAUGGCUCAUGGAAGCCUAUCCGGUGGCCACUUCCCUGUGGAGAGGUUCGCGAUAUUCCGAAUGAAGCUCAGAUCCAUGUCUCAGCAAUCCGCCGCAUGAACAAUGACCCCAACUACCGCCCAGGCAAUUUGAUCGUUGGGGGAGGCGGCCGUGGUGUGAAAAGAGCACCCGAGUCGUAUGGCAUUGGUGAGUGGGAGCUCAAGGAUCACGCAGGUGAUCCGGUCCGUGAGAUUUAUGUCCGUAAGAAAGUCUCAAAGAUGUGUGAGGACCAUCAUCACUGAAGUCAGUCAGCCACCAAAGUCAUUUUGCCUUGAAGUACAGUGGCCUGAUUCCAACGUUGAAUAUUCAUAUCUUUUUAGCAGCACCAACUCUUGGCCCAAUGAGUAGCUCAGCCGAGCUCCUAUAUAGCUUUUACCC